CUACAGGUAGAUCAGGUGAUCUACCCUCCCGCUGCUGGGUGGUGGGACUAGGAACCAUUCCUGUUUUCUAAUCAGAUUUUCUCUGUCGCCGGUUCCAACAACACCCUUGUUGGUUCCUCCUGAUUUUGAUUUCCAUUUUUUGCUUGCCUUGGAUCUUCUUGGACUCUCUUUUGGUGACGUAUUGGAUCGUUGGCUUGACAUACGCUUUUGUGGAUUGUUCUUAGGAUUUUGCUUUUUGAUUACUCUAAAAUGUCUGACUCUGGUAUUGUAUUUAGAGUGUGUGUGAUGGAUGGCUGUAAGGUGAGACUACCGAAGGUAUCGGUAGAUCCUCACACUGUAUGCAUGAGGUGUCGGGAUAAUGCAUGUUCGAUUAAUAAUCCUCGUGCGGAAUUUGAAGGUUUGAAUGAGGAAGGAUGGAAGUCUCUUAUCUUCGUAUUUGAAGAAACUAGAGAAGAACAGGGUUAGGUAGGCUUCGUCCAGAAGCUCCAGUAGGUCUUGUUCCGAGCUAGUUGAGGGUACUUUAGAUCCUAACCAAAUUGUAGUAGUUGCAUCCUCUCCUACAGUUUCUCAGCUCCUUCUCCCUUCAUCGAACCUGCGGAUUCGUCUUCAGAGAUGGUUACCAUGAAAGCCGCUCUACGCAGGAUGGAAUUGCAGUUGCUUGCAAUGGAAGGUAAGAGUGCUGUGAAUAGUGAUGAGUGCAGUGUUCCCAGUGUAGUGGAGGGGGCGUCUGAUCGGCUCCGCAACGCUCCCAGGUCUAGACCUCUUCCAAACUCCCAGGCCCAGUGGAGGAGGAAUGUCGAAAAGUAAGGAGGUUGUGGAGAAUCCCCACCGGUCAAGCGUCCCUUCGGCAGGCUCUGUUGUCUCGACCCAGACUGCCAUGGAUCGCCACAGAAAAGGCAUCCUGAGGAAGUGCUUUUCGUCUUCCGAUUCGGCUUCUCCAAGGCGCGGAUGGAGUUCGGCUGAGGAGUCUCGUCCUUUGAAGAGAUCCUGGAAGGCUCCCAGCAGUGUUUUAGACUCCAGCCCGGAGUGCUUCCCUGAGGAGUCGCCUUUUGACAGGAAGAGAGCCAGGAGAGCCCCAGACAGCCCUGUUUCUCUUACGGCUCUUCAUUCUUCUCCGAAGCCUCUCUCGCCUUCUCCUGAAGGAGAUCAGGAGAAGUCCACUAAGUGGAUCCUUGUGGACCUCCAGGAGCAACUUUCUACAUUGAGGGGCGCUCUCGUUAAGGACCCUCCUCGCAAGAAGGACAUCGCACUCCCGAUCAAGAGGUCUAAGCUCCCUCCUCGCAAGAGACGUGCCUCUCGGGACAGGAGCCCUUCACCGAGAAGUUCCAGGCGCCUCUCCCCUGUUAGGCGCUCUUCUCCAGUUAGCCGCGCCUCUUCUAGCAAGCAGGCGCCUCUUGACAGGUGCUCUCCUCCUUGCAGGCGCUCUUCUCCUGCCAGGCGCUCUUCUCCCAGCAGGCGCCUCUCCCCUGGCAGGCGCGAUUCUCCUGGCAGGCGCUCUACUCCUGGUAGACGCCCCUCUCCUCACAAGCGCUCUUCGCCUGAUAGACGCGCCUCUCCUCGCAGGCGCUCCUCUCUUGGCAGGCGCUCUUCUCCAGCCAGGCGCUCUCCUUCCAACAGGCGCUUCUCACCUGACAGGCGCAAUUCGCCAGACAGGCGCUUUACUCCUGAUAGAUGCGCCUCUCCUCACAAGAGCUCUUCGCCUGAUAGACGCGCCUCUCCUCGCAGGUGCUCCUCUCUUAAUAGAAGUGCCUCUCCUACCAGACGUCCUUCUCCAUAUAGGCGCUCUGUUACUUCUAGACGUGUUUCCCGUGGCAGCCUUGCAGGGGAAGUAGCCUCGUCUCACGAACGCCUUCGAGUGAAUACGGAGGAAGACUUAGAAGAUGUCUCGGAGGAGGAAGUCCCCAGAGCAGCAGGCCUAUCGGACUACAACAUUUUAGCAGCCCUGUUGGUGCAGGAAUUUGGAGACUCCCUUAGCCCGGCUGCUCCUCCUUCGCCCCGAUCGCUUUUCUCCAGCACCAAGGCAUCGAAGGGAUCCUCCUGCCUUAAGAUGCAUCCCACCAUCUCGAUGAAGAAGGCCUUACAAGGAGUUGGGGAUUGGUUUAAGUCUAAAGAGGAGGCAGGCAAAACAGUCUUUUCUUGUCCUCCUUCCAAGCUCUCGGGGAAACAGGGCAUAUGGUAUGAGACAGGAGAGCCGAUGGGGUUGGGACUCCCCUCGUUGGCAGAAGCGGACUUCUCCACUUUGGUGGAUUCCUCAAGAAGACAUUCCCUUCCGACGGCCAAGACUACGUGGGGAAUGACCGAACUGGACCAUUGCCUCAAGGGACUAUUUCGUGUACUGGAAGUCUUCAACUUUUUGGAUUGGUUCCUCGGGGCUUUGGCCAGGAAGACUCUUGACCCAGAGUUUCUAGGACCAGAGGAGCUGAACAGCAUACUGUCGUGCAUGGACAAGGCAGUCAGAGAUGGAUCGGGGGAGUUGGCCUCUCUCUGUGGGGCAGGAAUUUUGAAAAAGAGAGCGGUGUACAACUCCUUCCUCACAAAAUCUGUGUCUCCGGUCCAAAGGGUGUCUUUACUUUACGCCCCCCUUUCGAACCAGCUGUUCCCUAACAAGUUAGUUAAGGAUAUUUCUCACUCCCUGGCGGAGAAGGCAACUCAGGAUCUGUUGGCCCAGUUGUCGAGGAAGGUGAGGCCAGCGGCUUCCUCCACCAGGAAGGAGAAAUUUCCUGUUCAGGAACCCUUUCGAGGGGGCCCUUCACAUAGAUCCUCUUUCAGAGGUCGAAAACCCGAGAAGCGUGGUAGGUCUUCUAUCAGACCCUUUAAGAGGGCGAAGUGA